AUGGCGAACACGGCAGUAUUCUACGGCAGCCAUAUCAACGUAUCCAAUCCCCAGAUAGUCGACAGUCAAGCCGGCAUUCGCGAAGACUCCUUGGAGGAGAAAGAAGCAGGGUACGGUAGCGUUGAGAAAGGGCAACAGGGCGGUGUCGCCGUCCAUGCCGUCGAUUCGCUCGAGGGAAAGUCGAUUUACAGUGAUAGCGGCGAGAACGAUGGACAGGAGCAGACUUUCGGCGUGCUCGAUCCCUUCCCGGAAGACCCAAACGCCAUCCCAGAGCCUCAGCAGUUCACCUUCCGCGCCGUUUUUGUUGGCUCGAUACUGGGCGGAACGGGGUGGACCUUUGGGGCCGGCCUCUUCGGCUCGAUAUUUGGGUUCGCGAUAAUCAAGCCUCUGUCCAAGGUCUUGCCCGAGAAAUUCGGAGGCGGCUACUUUGGCCCCAAGGAGAACGUAUGCGUGAUGUCGACAGCCACCGCUGCCGGAUCGCUGGGACUUCUUUUUGCCUCCGGUUUUCCAGCGAUGUACCAGCUGGGCCUCAUGGGUGAAAGCCCGAAGGCGGAUAUAGGUCGUUUGUUUACGUUCACGAUUGCUUGCGCAUAUUUCGGGAUAUUCUUCACGAUUCCGUUAAGGAAGUUCUACAUCUUGAAGCUAAAACUGGUCUUCCCCAGCUCGGUGGCAGCGGCAUAUACCAUACGGUCGCUUCACGUGGGGAAGAAUGCUGAGGGCAACGCCCGCAAGAAAACUAUGUGCUUGCUCAUCGCGUUCUGUUUUGCCAUCACUUGGAGAGUGACCAGCGAGUACGCACCUGGUAUUAUGUGGGAUUGGCAUUGGGGCUACUGGUUCUAUAGAGCAGGAUGGAAGUGGAUUAUCCGAGCGGAAAACUUCUAUUGGGUCAUCGAAUGGACGCCUGCGUUUAUAGGUUGUGGUCUACUGGUUGGUUUGAACUCUGCGACGUCAUUCUUGGGUGGAAGUGUCCUCGCUUGGGGCAUCAUCGCGCCGGUCCUGGUCAGCACUGGCGAAGCGAUUGGUACGCUAUUCAGCCCAGAAUACCCAGGUUACAUCAAUAUGAUGGGUAUGACUCUCUCCGACCCGGUGCACGCACCUUCGCCAAGGUAUUGGUUGAUCUGGCCGGGAACCCUCAUGCUACUAUGCGCAUCCUUUGCAGAGGUGGGGUGCAACUUCAAGAGCAUCAUCACAACAGUGAAGCAAAUGAUAGUUCCCCAUAUUGCGAGAUUGAGAAAGACCGAGGACACCAAAAUUGCAGAGGAUUAUGUGAUCGAAGAUCCCGCCCCUCCUCAUGAACAAGUGCCAUUGUGGCUCUGGACAGGCGGCGUGGUCAUCAGUACCAUUGUAUCAGUCGUCGUUAUGGGAGUCCAAUUUAACCAGAACGCAGGUGUCACUCUACUUGCCAUCGUCUUCGCUUUCUUGUUUUCAUUGAUUGGGGCAGAGUGUUGCGGUCGGGUCUCAGUCAUACCAGUAACGAGCAUCGGGAAUGCGUCCCAGCUUGUUUUCGGAGGUGUUUCUAGGGGUAGGCACGAGAGUGUCAAGGACAACCAACGGGGUAACUCCUUGUCCGGAAUGUUGGCACUGGCCGCAUCAGAACAGUGCGCUGACAUGCUAGGAGAUCUGAAGACGACUCACUUGCUGGGAGCUUCUCCUCGAGUUCAGUUGUAUGCACAAGCCGUUGGCGCGCUGGUAUCUAUCUUCAUGAGUGCAGGGAUGUUCGUGUUGUUCUCCACGGCGUAUCCCUGUAUCAUCGACCUGAACGCCUCCACCACUUGCUCAUUCCCAGCACCGGACGUGGCAUCUUGGAGAGCUGUGGCCGUCGCAGUAUCCUCACCCACGUUGCCUAUCCCUCCUUCGAGUGGUUACGCUGCCAUCGGCUUGGGUGCAGCUGCAGUUCUCACCACAAUUGUCAAGUACCGCUGGGUUCCCCCGGACAAGCACCACUGGGUCCCCAACUUUAACGCGUUGGGCAUCGCCUUCAUCCUCAAUUCAUGCACAUACCCUAUUGCUAUGUUCAUGGGUGCAGUCAUCGCCGCGGUAUGGAAGAAAACGCACGGAGCUAGUCACGCGAUGUACUUAUUUCCGCUGGCAGCAGGUUUCAUAGCUGGAGAAGGUCUGGGCGGUAUCGUGAACGCAGUGCUUCAAAUCGCUGGUGUCUCCGGUAGCGUAUACGGGACUACCCUAGGAUGUCCCAUGGGGGUGUACUGCGGUUGA